AUGCCGAACGCUGCGAGAUCGCUGAACAUCCUCAUCGUGGGAGCUGGCCUCGGCGGCUUGGCUGCCGGUCUAGCCCUGCAGACCGAUGGUCACAAAGUAACUAUCAUUGACUCGGCGCCCGAGUUCGCAGAGGCUGGCGCUGGCAUUCGUGUUCCCCCCAACUCUAGCCGUCUCCUCCUACGAUGGGGUGUGGACCUGGAGAAGAUGAAGAAGUCUGUGUCCAAGCGAUACCACUUCAUCAGAUGGGAGGACGGCCAAACCAUCGUGAAGCUACCGUUUGAGAACAUCGUGGAGACCCACGGAGCUCCCUACUACCUUGUCCACCGUGCCGAUCUGCAUUCAGCGCUGCUUGAGGCUACGCAAAGGGCUGGUGUUGUCAUUCACAACAACAAGCGCGUCAUGUCUUAUGACUUUGAGGCCCCAAGCGCCACGACGCAAGAGGGAGAGGUGUUCAAGGCUGAUUUAGUCGUCGGCGCGGACGGAAUCAAGUCCAUCUGCAGGCCCCUUCUGACCGGCCAGCCGGAUAUCCCCCGCGAUACUGGUGAUGUUGCUUACCGCAUCCUCAUCCCCGGCGACAAGGUCCUGGCCGACCCAGAGUUGGCCGACCUCAUCACCGACCCGUGCACGACCUCGUGGUGUGGGCCAGACGCCCAUCUCGUUGGCUAUCCGAUUAGGAACGGCGAGAUGUACAACAUUGUUGUCUGCGCAACUUCCUACAACGAGACGACUGAUGAGGUCUGGGUCGUGAAGGGUGACAACCAGGAGUUGUGUCAGCGAUUCUCCAAGUGGGAGCCCAGAGUACGCAAGCUGUGUGCUCUGACCGACCAGUUCCAGAAGUGGCGUCUAUGUGACCUGCCCAACCUGACCCGCUGGGUGCACCCGUCAGGCAAGACGGUGCUCCUGGGUGACUCGUGCCACCCUAUGUUGCCAUAUCUGGCUCAGGGAGCUGCCCAGGCCUUUGAGGAUGCCGCUGCUCUGAGGCAGGUCCUUGCCCAGGACCUUCCGUUGGCCGAAGGGCUCAAGCGAUACCAGGAGAUCCGGAUGCCGCGCGCCAGUCUGGUCCAGGCCAAGACACGCGAGCACCAGUACAUCCUGCACAUUGAAGAUGGCGAGGAGCAGAAGGUCCGGGAUCAGAAGAUGGCGCUGAAUGCGCAGGAGAACCCCGUUUUCUGGGGCUUCGAUGACAGGAGGAAAUGGCUUUUCAGUCACGAUGCUGAGGUCCUGGGCCAAGAAGGAGCCAAUUGGAUGGAGGCUUCAAAGGCCACUGGAGUGGCCGCGCAUUAG